AUUAAGAGUACAUUGCAGUCCACAAUUUCUACACAAACAGAUAUCCCCCUUCUGUCUUUCACUAUUUCUCUCUCAAACUCCUCAUUUCUUUUUCUUCUUCCAUUUUUCCUUUGUUCUUACUCAUUUUUUAACAUCAUCAAUUCAUAUUUCUAUCUUUGUUCCUUAUUCUCCUCCAAUCUUUCAUAAUAAUAAUUUUCUCCCUUUUCAUUGAUCUGGGUUUUUCUUCUUCUUCAGAUUACACUAGAGAAAAAUCAGAGUAUAACUUCAAUAAAGUUUCAACUUUGAGAGAUUUUUCAAUUGGGUUUUUUUCUUUUGGUUUAUUCGAUUGAUUAAAAUCAUAUAUUCACAGAAAUAAUCAUGGGUUUGUGAAGAAUAUCUGCAAAUAUUUGUGUUUUUGACAAAUUGACAGAUAUACACUUCAUUGCUUAAAUCUGCUUGUUUGGAGUUUGAGAGUUAUGGGAAGAGGCAGAGGAAAGGGAAAGAAGUUGACAAUUGCAAGUCAUGAUGAUCCAGGAAGUGGUGAGGAGGAGAAGAUCCCUGCUCAAAAAAGGAGGGGAAGGCCUCAAAAACCAAUGAAAGAUGAAAUCGACGAUGAAGAGAGAGUGAAAAUCGAAGAGGAAGACACCGAGAUUAAGGAUUCGAGUAUCACAACAACCGUAGAGAAUAGCAAGAAGAGGAAACGGAACUCUCCAACAAAGGAAAAGUCGAGCCCCACGAAAGAAGAAAAUGGGGUCGGAGCUACCUUAGUUUCGGAUAUUGCAACCAAAACAAAUGGGUUUCGACAUAUCGGAAGCCGGAGGAAAAACAAGCCUCGUCGAGCAGCAGAAGUCGGAGUCGAAUGCUAGUGACAUAAUGAGCAGAGUUAUAUUAGUGAUUCGAGAGUAUUCCCGGUAUGACGAGCUAUAAACCCACCAGGCUUUUGCAUUCUUUUGUCAUUUGUCCUAACUCUUUGGCAAGUUUUUUUUCCUAGCUAUGAUAUUUUUGCUUUUGAUCCAUCAUACAUUCAUACAUGGUGUAAUUUUUACUAUGAUAAUUGACAUGUUACUAGUUGGUUUUUAGCACGUUAUUUUUUUGCUAUAUUUUGGAUUUCACUUCUAUUGGUGAUGCUAUUGCCUAGCCAAAGAUGGAAUUUUAGUAUCUUAUGGAAAAAAACUUCAAGGAUGAUUCUUGA